AUGACGAGACAAGAAGGGGAUAAUUGAUUAGAAAGUACUGAAGUUUAUACUUUUUGGGGGUAUGGAAAGCUCUUAGAGAAAAGCGCAACUAAGGCUAUAGUAAAAUUUUCUUGGGGCGGAAUAGGAUAUAUUGAGCCAAAUUCAAUCAGCAAUAUUGUCACAAUAAAAGUGAAAUGCUUUGCAAAAGUUCGAAAAUUGUUAUCGUUCGACUGAGACAUUUCCCAUAAUUUCUCUAAUCUAUUUUCUCAGUUGAAAAAUCAAUAUUCGCUACCUCCAGGAACAAUAAUCAAGCUAUAUUAUCCAAUGGGAUCUAUAAAAGAAAUAAAAGCUGCAGACUCUCCUUUAUCCCUCAAGCUAAAAUCCAAUUCAACUUUCAUUGCUUUGCUAAGGCAAAACUUUUAUUUUAACGAAAACAAAAAAGCAAACAACAUAGAAAUCUCGAAUAAUUGUUUGACAGCUUCAAAAAAAACUGAAGAAGAAUUCGAAACAGUGCUUUGCAAUAUAAGUUUAUCAUCUGAGCUUUACACAUGGGAAAUGACAAUUGAUUUAAUCGUAGAUGACGAUGAUGUAUUCAUAGGAGUUGCUGAUGAAAACGUAGCAUUAUAUGGUCACCCGCCUGAUGUAGGCUUAUUCUGGGGAAUAAGAUGUAGUGGAGGCAAAAAGUUCCGUCCAGAAACUGGGAUUGAAGAUUAUUUUGGUGAAAGUGUGCAAACUGGAGACGUUGUUGGGGUUAAGCUUGAAUAUAAAGGUGACCAAGGAUGAAUCAGUUUUCAAAAAAAUGGCAAGGAUUAUGGAGUUGCGUAUAAAAAUGUCCCUAUAAACGUCUAUCCAGCUGUUUCAUUAUAUUAUAAGAGAGCUCAAGUGUCUUUAAAUUGCAAGGCUUAA